CUGUCAGAAGAAACAGACGUUCAGCAAUCUUCGUUCGAGGCGGUUGGAACACGGUUGAAACAAUUUAAAAAAAAUAUAUAUAAACAAGUGACCAAAUAUUCCAAAAGUGCUUAUAUAAUGGUGUCCGCUCUGAAAUGCAGUUUGGCCGUGGCCGUUAUGAUCAGUUUGGCCUGUUCGGCUUAUGCCAUCAAGUGCUACCAAUGCGAAUCGCUGACAUCACCAAAAUGUGGUCUCAAAUUUGAGGCAGAUGACAAUCUUCUGAUCGAUUGCUCCCGGAUUGGACCUCCCCGGUAUCUGCAGAAUUUCUUCUCCCGACAAAACGCCACUGGCUGCAUAAAGAAGACCCUCGAGAGUGUGACCGGACAUCCCCAGAUUGUGAGGACCUGCUAUUUCGGGGACAUCAACAAUGUCCAGGCUGGCUGCCAGACGGAUCCUUCCCUGCCCUUCGUCAAGCAACUGGGCUGUGAUGUCUGCUCCAAGGAUGAGUGCAACGGGUCUGCAUCCCUGGCCCCCAUUGCCGGCGCCAUCCUGCUCUUCUUCGGCGUGGCCCGUCUCCUGGCAUAGAUCUUAAGAUCCUAGCUCAUAAUUAUCCUAAUUUGUAUUCCCCUCAGUAAUUAAAAGACAGCCUUAAUGAAAAGAUCUUGUUUUUUGUAAAUUCAUAAAAUUUAUGUAUUAAUAAAAGAAGGAUACAACCAAAUCCUAGCAAUAUGCCAAAA